AUGCGACGAAGAUGGGAGAAACAUGAAGAAGAUGUCAGCGUUCUGAUAACUCCAGAGAAGAUAAAGGACUGUGACGCAAGCCAGGCCUCGCGUGAUGCAGUCAUCAUCUUAGGCGAACUUGGCGGUAAUACAGUAGUUGAAAUGAAUCAAUCGAUGAAUCGUGCCGGAGUGGUUUCCUCUAUGACCGUAGAAGAGUUUCAGAGGGCUAGAGUUGAACGCGAAAGAUAUGUUUUUCGAGUUCUUAAACACAAAACUAUGGACACCCAUGGUCCAGCUCAGGUGGUACCAACAAAGCUCUUGUACAGCUACAUCAAUGUUUUCAUAAAGCAAAUGAGACCUAGACUUCCUGCUGCACUGUCCGAUGGGAAACAGGCGUUGCUUUUGUCAUGGUUUGGAAAUCAAAUAGAGUCAAAUCAAAUGACCAAGGAUCUUAGCUCCAUUUUCAAGAAAGCCGGCAUCAAGGGACCAGUGCACCACACUCUCUACCGAAAAAGCGCUGUAUCUCAAUGUCAUGCCCGCCAUAAGGAAAUUUCCAGCAACCUGGCUGAUCUAAUGGCGCAUCGAGAAGGCACCGCCGAGAAGUACUAUAAACUUUUCGAAAAGAACAAGUCAUCUGUGAAGGCAUCUAAAAAGCUUCAUGGCGUUAUGAGAAACUGUGAGGAAAACGAUAAAGAGCUGAGUACAAGAAAGGCAGUAAAUGGGUCCAGUGAAAGUGAACUCGUUACAGCUGACUCCCCGGGUACAGAACGAGCUCCCUGUAAAGAAGAUGUCCUUACAAGCGCUGCUAAAUCUAUUUGCAGAAGAAAUAUCGUUGCAAAGUGUCACCAUGUCUUUAGUUCGAGAAAAAAAUCCAGUCUGACCCGAUAUUGUGCACAGAAAGUCCAAAAAGAGUAUACGACAGGACCCGUGGGGAAUGGCAUUACAAAUCCCAAAUUAAUGCAAUUUAUUUUUUGA